CGGAGCCCUCGUCGGCGCCGACGGGCCGCCAGAUCACGUGUGUUGCCGCGGUGCGUGCGCUCUGCCGCCAACCCGCCGCGCCGCGGCGCCACUCCGAUCAAUUAAACCGGCGGCCGGCGGCGGCGGCGGCGGCGGGGCGCCAGUGCCACGCCGGCAGCGCCCCGGGCAGUGUGACCGUGCUGUGGAUCGAACCAGUGCACGAUGCUGUACAACAUGGCGCCGCUGCCGGCGAGUCUGUCCGGCGGACUGCCCGUCAGUCUGGCCGGCGGCCUGUCGAGCCUCUCUGGCGGCCUGCCCGCCGGCCUGUCGGGGCUGCCGGGCGACCCGGCGCUGUUUGCGGCCUACCCGCAGCCGCCGCUGCUGACCGGCAAACUGGGCGACCCGGCCUCGGCGGCCGCGGCCGCGCCCAUCCCGCCGCCCCCGCCGCCACUGCCGCCCACCUGCCGCGAUCCGGACACUGUGAAGCUGUUCAUUGGCCAGAUCCCGCGGCAUCUCGAGGAGCGUGACCUGCGACCCAUGUUCGAGGAGUUCGGUGCCAUUUAUGAGCUGAGCGUGCUCAAGGACAAGUUCACCGGCAUGCAUAAAGGUUGUGCCUUUCUCACCUACUGUGCCAAGGAGAGCGCUGUGCUCGCGCAGAAGUCGCUGCAUGAGAAGCGCACACUGCCCGGGAUGAACCGGCCCAUUCAAGUGAAGCCAGCAGACAGCGAGAGCCGAGGAGAUAGCGCGAACGAAGACCGGAAACUCUUUAUUGGUAUGCUAAGCAAGCAACAGACUGAAGAAGACGUAAAGCAGCUUUUUCAGCCGUUCGGACCGAUUGAAGAGUGUACAAUUCUGCGCGGUGUCGACGGAGUCAGCAAAGGCUGUGCUUUUGUGAAGUUUUCGUCACACCAAGAAGCACAGGCGGCGAUCGAGAGCUUGCACGGUAGCCAAACGAUGCCCGGAGCAUCGUCCAGCCUGGUGGUCAAGUUCGCCGAUACUGAGAAAGAGCGCCAGUUGAGGAGGAUGCAGCAGAUGUCCGGCAACAUGGGAUUGCUCUCGCCGUUCGUCUUCAACCAGUUCGGCGCCUACGGCACAUACGCCCAGGUCGUGGACAAUCAGCAGGCGGCACUGAUGGCCGCCGCCCAGGGGAGCUACAUCAGCCCGAUGGCGGCGCUGGCGCACCUGCCGCACGGUACACUGCCCAGCGGCAUACCGAGUACGAUUGUACCCACCUCCACAGGCUCGGCCCCCUCCGGCAACGGGGUGCUGCCCAACAUGCCGUCACCGACCAUGUCGACGUUCAGUGUGGGCGCGCCGGCCUCGUCUCAGCCCCAGGUGGUGUCCGAGGCGGGCGUCUACACCAACGGGCUGCCGCAGUCCUACCCGGCCUGUGAGUACGUGCUGUCAUCACCGACUCCGAUCAGCGGGGAGGCGCUCCAGAGUCCGCCCUACCCGGGCAUGCCCUACUCCGGAGUCGCCGCCUUCCCCCAGCCCUAUCCCCCGAUCGUGGCCGCGCAGCCGCUGGUUCUGCCGCGUCAAGGGUGCAGUAUAAGCGGCCCGGAGGGCUGCAACCUCUUCAUCUACCACCUGCCGCAGGAGUUCGGCGACGCUGAGCUCAUGCAGAUGUUCCUGCCGUUCGGCAACGUCAUCUCCUCCAAGGUGUUCAUCGACCGUGCCACCAACCAGAGCAAGUGUUUCGGGUUCGUGAGUUUCGAUAACCCGGCGUCGGCACAGGCGGCCAUACAGGCCAUGAACGGCUUUCAGGUUGGCAUGAAGCGGCUCAAGGUGCAGCUGAAGCGGCCCAAGGACUCGUCCCGGCCCUACUAGCGGCGCAAGGUGGCCGUCCGCCGAGCCGCAGGCUGUUCUCGGGAGGCCGUCUGUUCGGCAGCGGUGGUAAGUCUGACGGCCGACCGUCGGCGCUGCUCCCCGCCGGUCUAGUCCCUGCCUGCGGUCGGCGCUCCAGCCGAGUCCUCGGGUCGAGCCGCUCCCUGGCACCGGCCAUUGGAUAGCCGAGCCGGCCUGUCCACGAGCCGGACACGCGCCUCACUCUCCGAGAACGACCAGUAGGCGGCGCUGCGAGUGAUUUAGAGUUGAAGGUGGCGCUAGCGUCGUCCACGGCCGGCCGCCGCCCGACCAGUCUUUAUACCGAGAGUAGUGCUGUAGCGCGGGCCGCCGCGCUCUUGAGCUGGACUUCCAGGCCUGGAGGCGGCGAGAGCGACUGCACAGCUGAUCGGCGGAACCUGCCAGCGAGGCGGCAGCGCUCGGCACUUAGAGAUGUAGCAGAUAUACCCAAUAUCUAUCGAGUAUUUAUUGAUAUAGACAUUACCCUGCGUAGAAUGGGCGAGCGAUGUAUGUGUGAAAGCUGACUCUGCUCGGUUAAGUUGGUGAGGUUAAAAAUUUACGCUAAGUUUUGGCCAGAGCUUUGUUAAAGGCCAGUUGUGGUUGCGAUGAUUGAAGUGUGUCUGCAUACAGAUAGAUAAUUAGGUACUAGUUAGUCCAUUAUUGGUACGGGCGCCAUGGUUGUAGGCACGCACACAAGAACAAAACACAAAUAUGAUGCUAGUCUUUAGGUGUUAAGGAAGAGCUGAAAACUCAGCGUAGUAUUGUAGAUCGUAGAGUUGUGAAUGAAGGGGUUGUUUGCGACUUUUACACAGUGCAUGAUGACUAGGUUUAAUGAUAAAGUGUGUAUAUAUCGUCUCCUAGAUUAUUUUCCGUCCGAUAAGCAUCUUAUUUUGAAGGUCACAUUUUGGCAGUGAGUUCGCUGCAUAUUAUUGUAUUGACAGCCUUAUUGGCUUCUUACGGUCGCAGAAAAAGUAUGUGACCCGCAAGGUGUUUAUUUGACGGCACUAAGUACGAUAAUUCCAGCAAAGCUAAGUACGUACUAAGUUUAUGAAAAGUCGCUUUUUGCACGAUAACUUUCCUGCAUAUCAGUAUGGUCUGAAUAUGUCAUGACCUUAAGUAGCCAUUCCAUGGGCUCUUUAAUUUUCGAAGACCAUUGGGGUGGCCAAACGGGGACGAGCACGGUUGAUGAUAUGACUAGGGAUAAACCGCCAAAUUUCAAAGACUUGGUUCUUGUUGAUGAUCUCGUGUAUGCUUAUACAGUCUGAAAAUCAAUGACUAAGAUAAUUGGGUGCCGUAAGGUGUCAAUUGUUACAAUAUUGUUACUUCAUACUAAUCACGUAUAGUUACUGGCCAAAAAGUCAUUGUGAAAACAACGUCUUUCAGCCGCUAGUCCACUGUUGUGUUUAACCGCUUGAUAAUUUGUUGUUUUGUACCUGAUCCUUGCUGUAUUUCUAUUUAUGUUUCAGUGUAUUUUGCCGGUUUUGUAAGUUCACCGUUCUGAUCUCCGUACUAGGCUGUCAGUUUGAUGUCACGUGGGGGGUAUUUAUUGUUUAUCGUAGACCUGUGUUAUAUUUAUGCGUAUUUUAUGCGCUAUGGAAGGUUUAUUUAGCACGUGUUCGUAGUAGCCAUAUUUACUUUGUACGUCCUUUAUGUCGCAUUUAUUCGGCUUACUAGGAUCUCCUAUUGCGGGCGAGAUGUAAUUCGUGUUUCUGAACAGCCACUGUUGACACUCUGUUUUGGUCGUGUUUAACAACUCUGCGUAGUGCUCAAAUAACGCUGGAGGCUUAGUACAGGGUGACCCGUCUGUUAUUAUUUAUUACCCUGAGCACAAGCGCCGGUUUUGUUUGAAGUGCAUGGAUGACUUAUCGCAGACACAGCCGAAUCUCUCCUGAUCUCGAAUCUCGGUCCCGCAGCUCUCCUUCAUAAGGACGUCGCGUCGCCGCCGUUGGCUUGUGUACAUAGUAGGUUAACUGGCUCCCGUCCUGCGGGGCGCUGGGACGCGGCGGUCCGCCGGCGCGGGGCAUUGACGCCGCCCCAGAGGAGCCGAGACCAGUAUCGGGCUCUGCGCAGCCCGCGGGGGGGGGGGAGUGCGUGUGUGAGGUCACACAGGGGGGGGGGGCAGGGAGCGAGCACCUGCGGGGGCUCGGCGGAGGCGCGCCGGUCAGCCGCACCCUCCUCUCUGGUCGGCAGGCACGGGACCACGCGCGUCUUACGGCCGGGCCCGCCCGAGAUGGGCCGAGCGUGUGAGAGCGCCGGCGACCGGCCCGCGCCGCCGGGCCCCCGCCAGUGAUAUUGCCUAGUUAUAGAGAUACUCCGCCGGCCGCUGCGGAGUGCCAUUAGUCUAAUGUAGAGCGGCGGUCACUGGUUGGCCCGGCCGCCGCCAGGUGGCAGCACCGCCGCGCGGCCCGCGCGCUGCGGCAGCACCUCUGCACCCGCGCUCCUCUGCCCCGGCGCCGCCUGGCGACCACAAGCAUAUCACAGUAGAGCAGCCGUCUCCGACCGAGCCCAACUGUCCUCAGAUCAAACGGUGGUCCUGUGCCCUCCUGGCGCCCUCCAGUCCCUCAGAGCGCCCUCCCGUCCCUCCGAGCGCCCUCCCGUCCCUCGCGCCGCUCCUCGCUCUCUCCUCGCCGACUCUCUGUCUCUCUCUGCGCCGGCAGCUGACCACCUCAUGACAGGGUAUUGAUGUGUGGUGAGUGACGAGGUCAGGUCGUGUCGGGCCGGCGCCGCUCGUCGCUCCGCACCCCACCGAUUGGUGACUGACUGACCGGCCAUCCACAGAUGCUGCGGCGGCCGCUUGCGUAUUGUAUAAAUACUCUUUAUAACAAAAUAUACUCGGCCAAGUGCAACAA